UAAUUGCAGGAUCAAGUAGAUACCCUCACCUUCCAGAGCCAUUCUCUAAGGGACAAGGCAAAGCGAUUUGAAGAGGCUUUAAAGAAAAACACUGAAGAGCAACUAGAGGUUGCACUAGCUCCAUAUCAGCACUUAGAAGAAGAUAUGUAUAGCCUAAAGCAGGUUUUGGAAAUGAAGAAUCAGCUAAUUCAUCAACAGGAAAAGAGGAUCAUGGAACUGGAAAAGCUGGCUGAAAAAAAUACAAUAUUGGAAGAAAAAAUUCAAGUGCUGCAACAGCAGAAUGAAGACAUGAGAGUCAGGAUUGAUCAAAAUACCGUUGUGACAAGGCAGUUAUCUGAGGAAAAUGCUAAUCUACAAGAAUAUGUGGAGAAAGAAACCAAGGAAAAGAAGAGGUUAAGCAGGACUAAUGAAGAGCUGCUUUGGAAGCUCCAGACAGCGGAGCCCAUGAGCCCCGUUAAACUGUCUCCUGCGCCUAUUUAUCGCUGUUCAUCGGGGCCUCCUACUCCCGCAAAAGUCAGCACAGUGCCCAGAUGACUGCUGCACGCGGCUGCAGACGUUAACUGGGCUUUUACACAUUUUUCCAAUCCGCUGAAUGUGAUCAUCCAAGAAAGUAUUAACAACCAUAGACACCCAGAGUUGGGUACUGCAAGCAUGCUCUGUAGCUGCAUAUGUGUAAGCUAGGCAGUGUGCUAUUAGCAUGCCAGUAGAGAAGCUCCUGGUACGGGCGCACUGAUGGCUUAGAGUAGUAUAACCAGUGUAGUCUGAGGUGUAAACAUUUUGCCAUGGUUAGAGGUGAAGGAAAGAAAAUACUACUACUAACGGGUCAUCAAAGUGAACCUUUGCUGCAGUGGUUCAGGUUAGUUACAAACAGCUCACGUUUUGAAUAUCUAUGUAUGUAUGUGUGUUUAUAUAUAUAUAUGUAUUGUACCUAUAUAGGUGUAUAUAUUGACACAUACAACAUAUAUGGAGUUGAAGAUGUUCUGAAUUGCAUUUUUUUAUAUUAUUAGAUACACAACUAAGUGCUGAUAUAUUUUCAUGAUGGUCAGCAGUUUUGUAACUUGUGCCUAAAUAUAUAGCUAAAUGAAAUGCAUUUCUGUCAAGCCUCCCAGGAAUAUUUCUACCCAAAAUAGAAGAAAGUUACUUAGAAAUAGAAGCGCCUUCCAAACUACCACCAAGUGGUACCACUGUAUAACGUGAACACCAGCGACACUGAGAUUCUGCCUUCAAAACAAUCACCUUCAUACUCAAUGCCAGAUAAGGUCACUCAUUCCAGGCUCCAAAUUUCAAUUAUUAUUAGCAUCACUGUUAUGAGUGGAUGUAGGAUAGAGACCAAAACUCGGAGGGUGUUAGCAUGUUCCAUACAGUUUAUUUGCUAGAGUGACUCCAUUUUACUCUCUCAAAUUCUAACUAGCCUUUUUUUUUUAACUGAACACUUCUGGAAGCACUCAGAAUCGAUAACAAAUCCACUCCCACAUUAUUUUAUUGCAAGUCCUAGAAAGAAUUAAAAACAAUAUUUGCUGUGACCUUGACAUUUGGCCCAAAGUGUUAACCCCCUAGUGGAAUUUAGAUCCAGUUUGCCUCAGGGUACAGGGGAUCCUGCACAUACUAGGCUAACGUUCGCCCUUGUUAAUGGCCAGGAGAACCCCAGGGAAGAUCUGUGGGGGCCGUAUGGCUCUAACUGAGGCCAGAAUUUUGUCCCUCACCAUAUAUACCCAUAUAUUUUGAGGCCAAACUACCUUAAACCUCCGCCUUCCAGACAAAAUGCAAAUAAUCUUACGUUUCCCUGUUAUAUUAACGCCCCCCUUUGCUGCAUCUGUUAACCAUGCAGGUGUUGCAGCGGCAGCUUUCUGUGCUGUGCCUAUCUAGACCAGCUGGAAUGUCAAACCAUACUGAGUGAGCAUGCUGGUUUCCCGGGGCACAGCACCUCCACCAGCAGUUAGACUGAGAAGGGGUUAACAGUAUUUGAUCUGGCUCCUGGGUCCAGGUAGGGAACUGCACAAAGCCAGGCGAGGUCCUGUUGUCUUCGAUGUUCUCUAAAUGGGGGGUUCCAGCAUUUGCAUCAGAUUUGUUUGGAUUAGACUGUGCAAGCAUUUGAUGUAGCACAGCGGCAGGUUAGGCAUGUGAGUCACCCACACAAAAGCAAAAUGUUUUUUUUAAAUGAUGUGAUGCUUCUGUUUUCAAUUUGUGGCAAAGACCCAGCACAUUUUCCUGCCUAUUCACAGAGCGCACUGUGUGCUCCAGGAUCUGACCAAGUUACAGCCAGGAUGUAAAUAUGGGCAGAAAAUAUUCCAGGGUCAUGAAGCAAUUAGAAAGAGUUGUUGUCACAAGGCGUGUAUACAGAUAAUGACUCGCAUGGAAGUAGGCAGGAAGGCAUUUACUCCAGCAAACAUGCACGUUGUUUGCACUUGAAAUACGCUUCAGCUUUCCUGUGAUGUAUUCAGAAUGCUCAAGCUGCAGCUUAGGUACAGCCAGCUUCAAUUUAAGUGGCUUUGGCCCAUCCCAAGAUGUAAAAAAUUAGUUUAAUUUUUUUUUUUUUAGAGAAAUUUAUUUUUAUAGCAGUCUUGCAUGAUAUUAUGCUACUGAGUACAUUGAACAUCUUAUUAGACUAGACCAGGCCAUAUUUGACUAACACUGUUGAAAUACAUUACUAGAUUGUAUGUGUUCAGCAAGUACACCCUGAAAGUAGGAGAGUUGUUAAAGAAUAAAAACCACAAUCACUGUCAUUUUAGUCUCUUUCAUACUGCACUUGCUAAAUGCACAGGUACUCUGCAAUACCGACGUCAUUGUUAUGUUCCAGUCUAGGGCAAUGUGUUCUGUUACAGUACGAGUUGUUACCAUGAUGUUAAUCUAAAUUAUCCCAUGUGCGACUCACUGAAACGUUAUACUGUCCUGAUCUGAGCUGGCUGAGCCAGUCUGUUUUCCGUCAUCAUUUCUCUGUUUACGGUGCUUUACUCAUCCUUUUGUCAGCUAAGCGCACAUGCAAUGGAUGCUCCUAGCAAUGAACUGGGAGUUGGGACUUUAGUGGUGGGUAGACUGGGCUGCUGGCGACCCCAACGUCAACAAUAUGGUGUCAUUUCCAUUCUCUCUGUCUUAUAAUAGUCACUUCCUGGUGUUUGAUACUGGAUGCUGAUGCUUCCAUUCAUGUGACUACAGUUGGCUGUCCAGGGCUUCUCUUCCCCAUUCCCUGUAGGGGGAAGCCACCCGGGGCUUCUCUUCUUGGUUCCCUGCGGGAGCGAGAGGAGCUGCCUGGGGCUUCCCCUCUCCCCGCCUGCUUCCUGCCAGAGCUGGACAGCCUUGUCAGUUUCACAGCUCAGCCAUGAAACUGACAAGGCUGCCUAACUCCUGGCAGGGAGUGGUCAGGAGGGGGGGGCCCCUUGGCGCUUCUCCGUGGCUGCGAGCAGGGUCUGAAGCCUCCCACCCCAGCUUCUGGACCCGGCUGUCAGUCAAGAGCAGGGUCCAGCCACCCAGCCGAGCGGGGAGAACUUGGCUCUAGCUGCUCAGCUUUCUUGUCAAUUUCAAGGCUCCUGCGGUAAAAUUGACAGGAGAACCCACAGUAGAUGUAAGGGAUGCAGUGUCUGUCACCCUAAUUACACCAACAUGAGCCUUACACCUCUUGUGGGGGUGAAGUUAUUAUGUUGGUGUAGUAGGGCACUUACAUCAGUGGAAGGAAGGCUGUAGUGUAGACACUGACCUUAUU